AUGUGCCCUUACUGCAUGUGUGAGGUCACACAAUUUCCGAGACAUUUAGAAAGAAACCACCCUGAAGAAGGAGCAGUUAAGGAAGUACUCAGUUUGCCUAAUUCGAAUAAGAAAAGAAAAAUUUUACUUGAUAGUAUUCGCCGUCAAGGAAACUACGUCCGUCACAAAUCAGAAGAUGUAAUAAGACCAAUAAGAAGACCCCGAGAUACUGAGGAUAAUCCUGACUUAAAGAAUGGAACGUACUUACCUUGUGACUAUUGUCUCGGAUUUUUCAAACGUGAUUACAUAAGGCGACAUCGAAAACAGUGUUUGCUACAUAAUGCAACCGAUGAUAGAACACAAGAUUCUUUACAUCGAAUAAACCAUUUAUCAAAAGUUCAAUUGUUUACGAUUUGCACAGGUCCCUACAAGGAUUUUUACGAUUCCCUCCAAUUAAAAAAAGAAGUUUUUCCAAUAAUGAGAAACGACGACAUUUCUAAAGCGGCUAUGAGUGGUGUACUUAUAUGCAGUUUUGGCGAAAGUCAACUUAAAAAACAUAGAAGAACGCAAAUAAAAAAUGUUAUUUCUAAUAAGCUCAGAGAAAUGGGAAGACUCCUAAUAGAGUUAAGAAAAUCUUGUGGUGCAAAACAGUUGAUUGAUAUUCUUAAACCAGAAUACUUUGAUAACUUUGUUGCAGCUACGAAAGUAUUAAGUGGAUUUGAUAUAAACACAAAAACAUUUAGAGCGGGCAGUUUAGCUCUUCAUAUGGGUACCAAUUUAAAAUACAUAUGCGAUACUGCUACUAAACUCAUCAUCAAAAAGUCCAAGCUUUUGCCCUGUGAAAAUACUGAACAGUGUUUAAAAGAGGUAAAGAGAUUGAAAGCCUUGAUUCAGCAGAACUGGAACACAGAAAUUUCAAGUAUUGCACUUAAAGAUUUGAAUGAGAAAAACUGGCAAAAGCCGAAAUUGCUUCCUCUCACUAGCGACCUAAUGGUCUUUCAAAAAUACGUAAUGGAUAAAGCACAUGGUGCCUUUAGAAAUAUAAAUAACUCGGAAAAUAUUGAUAGGAACUACAGAAUACUUGCCGAAUGUGUCUUAGCUUUAACGCUUUUACUGAAUCGCAAAAGAGUUGGAGAGAUUCAGUAUCUUAAGUUAAGCGUUUAUUGUUCAAGCGAAAAUAACGAAAGUUCGAGUGAAUUACUAGAUUCUCUAUCAGAAAGUGAGAAAAUCCUUUCGAAGAAAUUUAUGAGAGUUGUGACAGGUGGCAAAGGAAGUAAACCAGUACCCAUUCUAUUUCCCAGCAACAUACAGAAUUUUAUUAAAUCAAUGUUAAACGUUCGUGAUACAUAUGUACCCAAAUCAAAUGAAUAUUUAUUCGCAAAUCCAAAAACAGAAAAUCGAUGGCUCAGUGGUUACCAUGUUUUGAGAAAAUUGGCUAAUGGCAGUGGGGUUUCAAACAAAGAACUGAUAACAUCAACACGCUUAAGAAAACAAAUCGCAACUGUUAUCCAAGUUUUGAAUAUAAAUGAUGCUGAACUUGAACAGUUUGCCAAAUUCAUGGGGCAUACUAAGAAAACCCAUGAAGAAUUUUAUCGGCUACCGCAAGAUAUGUACCAGACGGCCAAAGUAUCAAAAAUUCUACUUGCUAUAAAUAAAGGUAAAGCUGCUAAAUAUACAGGAAAGAGACUCGAUGAAAUUGAAUUUUCUGACAACGUCGAUUCUGAAGAUUCUGAUUUUGAAGAAACUGAAAUGAACGUCGCUCUCCCCAGGAAAACUAGACGAACUGCAGCUAUUACUAAAGAUAUACUCAUUGAUUCUGAGGAUGAAGAGCCUCAGCCCAGCAUUUCAAACUCCUCACGCUAUAAGACAAAUCAAAGAAACGAAAAAACUCAAGAUAAAACAACUCAUAAAACAGCUGCUAAGUUUAAAAGAAAGGGACUUGACGAUUUUGAACUUUCUGAUAACACCGAUUGCGAAGAUUCUGAAUUUGAAGAAACUGAAAAGAACGUCGCUCUGCCCAGGAAAACUAAACGAACUGCAACUAUCACUAAAGAUAUACUCAGUGAUUCGGAUUAUGAAGAGCCUCAGCCCAGCACUUCAAGUUCCUUACGCUAUAAGAAAAACAAAAUAAACGAAAAAACCCAAGAUAAAAUAACUCAUACGAAAGGCGAAAAAGUAAGAUUCACUGAAGACCAGAAGGAAAGAAUUAAAAUAUUUUUCAGGGAACACAUAAGAAAAAAAAUUCCACCAAAGAAAAAUGAAGUUGAAUUAUUCAUACAAGAAAAUAAAGAAAAAUUUCAUAAUAAAAACUGGGUCAAAAUAAAAGCUUUCGUCUAUAAUUUGUAUAAAAAUAAAUAA